AUGUCUGCUCCCAACACCUGCAGAUCGUUGAGUCCCACAUAUCGCGCGCACCCCCUAGCAAUCAGCUUAGCAAAUAGUCUUGUAUGCAGCCUUGACCACGAUUGUGAUCUAGAAACAAGGGACCAAGUGGAAUGCGGCUUUGAUGCUAGAAAUGUAUCCUUCAAAAUGUUUCCAAGCCAUUGUUCUAUGCGUGCUUAUUCGAGGUGUUUAAAAAUGAACUACGUUUCCGCUCCGCUAAAAUUCUGCAUAAAAAAUCAGCGUACCAGAAGAAGUUACGGCGAAUCCUGUCCCGUGUUUUGUCCAAAUCAUUACAGCCCCGUAUGCGGAGCAUCCAAGAUGAGGGAUUAUGCUUAUAGAACAUUCAACAAUGGAUGUCAAUUGGACAUGUUGAAUUGCAGAGGGGACAGUGACCUAUCAGGUUACGUCGAAGUGCCUUUAGAGUACUGUCAGAAUCAUCACAUGAAAAACAUUUUUAAGGAGCAGGCUGUAUUCACAAAUAUGAACGAAUAUGCUGACUACGAUUAA